AUGGUCCAACUCGUCAGCAUUGUUCUCGCCAUGGCUUCCGUCGCCACAGCCUACAAGACAUACGUGGCCAAGCUCCCCAACGGAGACAAGGUGGCCGGCAACGUCGCCAUCGGCCACGACAACCCUUCUGGCGGGGGGGCUCGCAACCCAUUUGGCAUUGCGUUUUCGUCCGCGGGGGGAAAGUGGACCCCUGAGUUGUGCAAAGCCGACUCGGACAACGACGGCGCCACCAACGGCGAAGAGCUGGGUGACCCUUGCUGCACGUGGACUGUGGGCUCUUCAUUGGUGUCUGGAAUCAAAGCCACGUCCCCUGGCACUGCCGACAAGUUCACCCCGGACCAGCUGACGGCUCUCAAGUGUUCGACCACUUCCUUGUCAGGUGGCAACUCCACCAAGAAGUCCGACGCGCCCCCCGCGGCCACGAUAGUUGCCCCGAAGCCUUCGAGCGCAGCCACAAUGUCGACUACAGUGGCGGUUGCUGUCGCCGUGCUUGUAGCCGUCCGCCAAUAAACCACAAUGUACCAUGUUAGCGUUAAAUAUUGGUGGUUUAAGCCACAGACUUGAU